GUUGAAUGUCCGUAGGAUAUAUUAUGAGGAUAUCCCUAUUAUAUCAAAAAAGGAUAUCCUAUUUAAGUUCCAUUUAAGUCCCGGGACGUAUGGACGUAAAUGGGACUUAAAAUGUAUAUCCAUGGGACAUCUAGUGCUGUGUGGGUGAAUACCGGCCUAUAUAUAGAAGUUUGUGAGUUCGGCAUUCAGCCGGCGUCGGGCAGUAUUAAAGUUAGAAAACGAUAGUCUCGAGCGCUACCCCCAGCCUGUCCCUUCCGCAUGCUCAGCUGCUUGGCAGCAGCGACGCAAGUUCCGCUGUUCUUACAGCACGCUGUGGUCGGAGAGGGGAUAACGCAUCAAGCGAGCAACCAUGUCGCUGGGCUUUGGCCUGAAGUGCCGAGCUCACACACACACGGCUGCUCGCUUGUGAGCGUAUCUCCUUUCUGACUACAGCGUGCUGUAAGAACAGUGGAGUUUACAUCGUUGCCUGGCAGAGCAUUUAGCGAUUCUUAUAAGGUUCAUGGAUAUUACCGACCGAGUGAACCACAUCAAUCAUGCAGUACAUCUAGAUGACCGAUCGAGUCAACCACGGCAAUCAUGUAGUACAUACAGAUAACCGACAGAGUCAACUAUUGUACACGCACGGUCGUAAAGACAUAUUCGACUGUGGUGGACUGUGUCGUACGCGGUACUUGAUCAGUUCACCGCCAUUUUGUGUUGUCAAUGUGCUGUGACACGGUGGCUGUACGGUAUACUGUAGAUUGUUGAUUACGGUUGGUGUUGCAAAGUUACUUGUGAUUUGUGCGAUACCUGAUUUGCGUUAGCAUUCCGUACGUUUAGUGAUUUGAGAACAAAAUAAGUGCUGAACUUACGUAAACGUUCUGUUCAACGGUUCAACACAUCUGCAUUCUGAUGGGUGUCUCGUGCUCCGAGCGACUCCCAACAACGUUUUAUGGAAUUCUUAGACGAAAAUCGUCUACGGCUUGAAUCCGACCGCACACACAAGUUAAUUACUGUAUGAACUUCCGAUCGGAGACAGGAGCCAGGAGCCAAAAAAUUAAAGAAGUCUGCAUUCAGGUACAGCAAUAAGAAAUAAGUGUACUUGUGAUGUCUCGACAUGGCUAGAGUUCAACCAUUCAAAAGAGCUGUGGACGCUAUAGUCAUCUAUACAAAACCACAUGAUACGGAAAUCCCACAUGGAGUACAGAUUAAGGAAGAGCCUAUGGAUACAACAUCAAAUGCAACCGAAAAUUGUAUAUUAGUUAAAAAUUAUUACAGUUUAGUCGAUCACAAUUAUCAUCAAGGUAAAUUAUCAUUAUCUAAAAAUGAUGCUUUGUAUAAAGACAUAAAUAAUACAGAAAAUAGGCAAUCAUCGAAUGACGAUUCUAUACAUUUGAAUGAUGUAAACAAGACUAUUAAUACAAAGUGUAAAAGUGUAAAACCGACAAAAGAAAUGCAUAACACGUUAGAAUUUAAGAAACGAAAAUGUUCUAAAAAAGUUUCUAAUAAGAUAAAGCAAAAUGUUACAUUAGACUGUAAAACAAAUAUCGAGUUAUCAAGAAAAUUGAGACGCUGUGACAUAUGCUUUAGAUCUUUCUCUACUGUUAAAAGUUGUGAAGCCCAUAAACUAUAUUACGAAUUAAAUGAUAACUUGCGAAAAAAAUCUUGCGGAACAAAUGAUAAAUUACCGUCUCUUGGUAUUAACAAAGAUCCAUAUGCAUAUAAGUGUAAUUUUUGCAUUCGUGUUUUUUGGGAGAAAGCUUUAUUACAAUCUCACCUGUUUCAUAUUCACAAUGAAUUAAUAUGUUCUAAAAACACAAUUAAACGCAAGGCUUACAAAUCAAAGAAUAUAAAUUCAUCUAAAGGUGGUCCUUUAAGUUUAACUAGUAAAAAUGAAGAAUUAUGUUCAAAUAAUCUCAGCAAAGAUAAUUUUAAAUCAGAGAAGGUAAAUACUAUACUUAUAAAUAAUGUCAAUGAAUCUUCGGACAGCAAUGUGAUAAAUACUGAAAACUCAAAGAUCAAAAAAUUAUUUAAUAAUGAAAAGUUACCAACCAAAAAAUUACGGCAACCAACAUUAACGGAAUACCUUGAAUUUUGCAAAAAGAAACGCGAUCAACUCAGUCCAAAUAAAUUAAAUAUGGAAAAUAAUUUUCCAUCAUGUACAUUAGAUCGAGAUGAACAAAAAGAAGAAAAUCCAAAGCCAAAACUUUCAAAAGGACAUAAUGGUAAAAUUGAUUCUUUACCAAUAGAAUCAGAUAAUCUCUCAAAAACAGCACAUUCUAUUCUGGAACAAACAACUAUGAAACAUGAAAUAUGUUCACCUAAAAAGCCAUUUGUAAAAUUACAUGCAGAUGUCGAAAUAAUGAAAUCUUUUCUGGAAAACCUUUCUGAUAUGAAUGUCGAGGAUCAAAUGACCAAAUAUGAAACAAGUGACAAUGAUUGUGAGGUUUCAUAUGAUCGUGCACCACCCUACAGAUUGCGACGUAGACCCUGUUAUUUCAUGAGAGACAUUAGAUACGUAAGAACAAAUUUGAGAUCAAAGAAGAACAAAAAUGUAUCUAAAGAGUCUCAAAUUGACAUAGAAUACGAUACUGAAACGAAACGGAACGUUAGUGAUGUAGAUCCUAAGAUAGAUCUUAAAGAUUGGAAAUCUAUUAUGGCUUAUUUUAAGUGUAAGGAGUGUACAAUUCCUUUAAUAAGAUGUGAUGCACGUCCAAAAGAUCUUUAUCAGAUUUCUACAAUUGAUACCAUGAAAAACACUUCCCUUGCUACUCAGUGCAAUUCUACAAAUUCUGGCUCUCAAUGCAACUCUUUGGUUGAAGAAAGUAAUGUACAAAAUAAAAUAAUGCUCAAGGACUUAGAGGUUUCUCUGGAACGUCUAACAGCUGUUCCAAUUACAGUAAAAACAGACAUAAACAUCGAAAACCAUGAUAACAAUUAUUUUGUGUGUAAAGUUUGUCAAGAGAGAUUUUCUUCCAAAUUGGACAAACGUAGACAUAUUAAGUCGUCUCAUAUAGCAUAUAUGUCAAGCAUAUGUAAUGCACGAUAUACACUAAAGCAUAAGUUACUUCAGCAUUACUUAUGUGAACAUCUAUCUCAACCAAAUGAGUGUUGCAUUUGUUACACGUUAUUACCUGAUUAUGAAGCGCUGAAGCAACACUUAAAUGUUCACUGUCUGAAAUACAUUCAAAGCAAGGACAGUCAGUAUCCGAUAGAUAUUGAGUUAAAAUGCACCAUGUCCGAAUCUUAUAAUUGUCUUGGUUGUAACGAAACAUUUUCGUCGCAAUCAUCUUUAGAGUCGCAUCAAAGUUGUUGCAUAAUAAAAAUGGAAAAAAAUCUGGAAGAUUCCAUGGAAGAAGCAUAUCCGAAGAACAUUCCUGAGAUACUGCAAAAGAACAUCGAUGAAAAUACAGUCACAUGUGAUAAAGAGAUUAAUCGAGAUGAUUUACGUAAACCUGCAAAUAGCGACUGUGUAGCAGAAAACUUAAACAAACAGCAAGUAUCGCUUUCUAGUGCAAAAGAAGCGGAAAUUAAUGAGGCUACUCAAAACUUUCUUGUUAAUAAUAACUUAACUGAGGAGAAAAGCAAGACUGUCAACAAAUUACAAGACUCUGAAGGACUUUUAGAAAAUAGUAAUUCCACAAGUAGCAAUCAGAGUGUUACAAGUAGCAAUCAGAGUGUUACAAGUACACAAUUGGAUAACACUACAAGAGCUAAAACUUACACUCCCUGUGAUAUAUGUGGAAAACAAUUUCAAACUCUCAAGAAUUUGGAGAUACAUAAACGCACUUUCAGCUUUAUUACCGAUAUCUGUCCAAUGUGUGGCACUGGAUUCAGUUCUAAACGUUUUUUACAGACACAUAUCACUGCAGCACAUGUACCACAUAUUUCAAAGACUUAUAGCUUUCAUUGCGUAUUCUGUAAUCAAGGUUUUUUCAAAAAACACGAUCUUAAGUCUCAUAUAUUACACUUGCAUAAUAAACAAUUGCUUAGUACACUCACGCGCAAUAAUGAUGUGAGUGCAGGGAAAUCUGAUCACCCAUCAAUUAAGCAUGUCACAACAUGUAACAUUUGUAAUUUGGCAUUUGAGACUCAUGAUUGUUACGUAGAACACCGGAUGUACUAUUAUGAAAACCAUACAUUCCAAUGUUCACUUUGUGCGCAAAACUUUCAAGGAAUGUACAUGUUUCAUCAUCACAACAAACUGGUACAUUGUUCACAAGAUAAACGCAAGUCGUAUAGAUAUAUUUGCGACAUAUGCAACGAGGGAUUCAAUCAUGAAUCACAUUUUCAUUCUCAUAGUAUGCAUGUUCAUUCGAAAGAUUUAAAUUUGGGUGAAUCUGCCAAAGAAUGUGGAGAAAGAAAUCGUUCUGAUUAUUCACCCAACGUCCCGGAGAAGAUUACAAAUUUUUCUAUGGAUCAACAAAAGCAAAACAAACAGUUGUCCAACGAGUAUAUUUGCCAAAUUUGUCAGUUGAAAUUUACAGAUACAAGUGAUAUGUUAAGACACAAAGAACUUCACUCCAAUGACGGUGAUUUUAAAUGUGACAAGUGUGACAGACGAUGCAAAACAAUUACUUUACUUGAUCAACAUAGGAAAUUAACUCACAUUUGUCGUGAUAUUUAUAAUGGAUAUGAGUGUCGUAUUUGUGGCGAGGUUUUGGAAACUGUUACUUCAUUAAAAUGCCACGAGAAACACUUUCAUUCAAAUAUUAUCAAUAAUGAUACGGAUAAGCGGGAAAAUAAUGAUGAGGUAUCAUCUACGAAGAAUACAUGUCAAUUAACGAAAUACAAUUGUUUAUUCUGCGAUAUGAAGUUUUCCAAAGCUAGCACUGUUCAAGCACACCUUGUUAAUGUCCAUAUGGAUGAUAUGAUAAAUAAGCAAGCUAUUUUAAAACUUCCUCGUCCCAUUACUAAUAACAAUGACUUUCAGAAACAAUUUAAAAUAUCUGAUCCAUCAUUGUCAUCGAAAGAUAAUUCAACUCAGCUUCUUCAAAGAUCAACGAUUCAACAUGACCUUCAGAAAAAAGUUGUUGAAACUAAUCCAGCAUCAUCACCGAAAGAUAAUUCAACUCAGCUUCUCCAAAAAUCAGCGGCUCUACAUGAUCUUCAGAAACAAGUUGUUGAAACUCAUCCAGCAUCAUCAUCGAAAGAUAAUUCAACUCAGCUUCUCCAAAAAUCAACAACUCAACAUGAUCUUCAGAAACAAUUUGUUGAAACUAAUCCAGCAUCAUCAUCGAAAGAUAAUUCGCCUCAACUUGUCCAAAGAUCAACGGCUCAACAAUCUGUACUUGAUAUCCUACUAAACAAGCGGACUAGUACUCUAACGGAAGAUAAAACUGCUACUGAAUUAUUAAAGAAAUUUAAAAUAACGACUAAAAGCAAUGAAACUACAAAAGAUACUCCAAUUUCUGCAAUUCCAUGUAUUAACAAAUCUAAAGAUAUUUCGACAAUUAGUACUAUUGCACCAAAUGCAGCUACCUCAGUUUCUUCAUUCACUGGGCCAACAAUUGCUAAAACUAUCGUAUCAAAUACUGAAUCCAAAGAUAAUACUUCAGUUCCUUUACCUGGAUCAACUAAUGAUCUCCGUUACAGAAAAACUUAUGGAGUGUUUUCAAAAUCUGGGUCAAGCAAUGAAUUUAAAGCUAAUUCAGUCUCAUUACUGAAGAGGUCUAUAACAAAUAAAUCCAAAACAACACCUGUAUCCUCUUUAUUACCUGGACCUUCAUCAACUGGAUCUACACUCAAAGUAAUACCACAAAGCUGGAAAAGCAAUGAAAUUACAAAUCAGAAGUCAGUGAACCAUUCUAAUUCUGCUUAUUCAUGUCCGUUAUGUCCGCUAGAGUAUCCAGAUUUGAUGUUUUUCCAUGCGCAUCUCAACUAUGCUCAUGUAGAUAGUGUUCGAACUAAUAAAUCUAUGCCGCAAAUAAUUGAAAUUGAAACAAUACCUAUGAUAGAAUGUUUAUUAUGUCCAUGUAAUUUCAUGGAUGAGGUCACGUAUAAGAAGCACUUGAGAAAUUCUCAUACGUAUUAUGUGUAUAUGUCAAACUCUAAAGAAACGACACAAACCAAAAACGUGUUUAAUCCUUCAACAACACAGAACCGCACCACUGGAGAAAGCAAAAUUCCUGAAGUAAUUACUGUAGAUGAUGAUGAGAAUAACGAUAAUAUCAAGAAUACAUCGAAUCAACAAAUAGCCGAAGUAACAGCCACGCUUGAUUGUGGAAAACAAGAUAAUAAAAUUGGCAAAUUGAGAGUGAAGCCUUUUGCAAAGAUUAUUGAGACUUUAUCUGCGGAUUCUGCGUUGUAAUUUCUGUAAACUAAGCAAAUUCCAAAUCAUUUUAAUGACAGAAUUGCUAUAAAAAAACAAGUUUCAACAAUACUGAAAGUUAAUGAUGUAUGUGCCAAUUCAUAAAAUAUGUAAUGAUAAAUUUUACAAAUGCAAAUAAUGUUUAAGUUGUGAUAAUUUAUUGCAGAAUGAUUAUUGAAUAAUGAAAGAAAUUCACAAUAUCUAACAGAGAAAAACUUACCAUCUACAUAGAUAUUUAAUUAGUAUCCUUAAUUAGUGACCAAAUAUUAAUUACUCAGCUAUACCUAUUUUACUUUGCCGAAACAAAUCGACUAAUCUUUUUCGCAAGGUCGUACCUCGAUUUUACACAAUUUUCAGAUUUUCUGUUUAAACGCCCAGUCUGGUCCUAAAUGAGUGUUUAAGCAGAAAAACGAAAAGUGCGUAAAAUCGAGAUACGACCUCAGUCAAAAUAUACUUUAUUUUAAUUGAUUAAACAGAUAAA